GUGACAAGACAGGGUACCUGCGUUGAGUUCACGGCACUCUGCCUCAGUUCCUGAAGUCUGGUGCUGGAGACAUGAACAAGAUCUUUGCCCAGGGAGAUGUCAACCUCAAGGCUGCUGCUGGAACCAGAGUCCUCCCUGGAGGGAAAGCAAACUGCAGCCCCUGCUGCUCCCGACGCGGGGCCUGCCUCUCGCUCUUUCUGCUGCUCCUGCUGGCGACACUUGCGGCCCUCAUCACCCUGGUCGUCAUCUUUGGACUGCCUCCACGCACAUCAGGGGCCCAGGCCUGUGUGACACUGACCAAUAGGACAGGCUUCUUGUGCCACGACCAGAGGAGCUGCAUCCCGGCCAGCAGGGUGUGUGAUGGCCUUCGCACCUGUCCCCAUGGCGACGAUGAGGAUGAGAGCUUGUGCCAAGAUGUCCCCCAGAGCCUCCCCAGCUUCCUCCUGGCCCACUGUGGAGACCGGGCCUCCUGGAUCUACUCAGACCAAAAAUGUGAUGGGAUCAACAAUUGUGGCGACUGCUCGGACGAACUGAGCCCAGUGACUGCAUGCCCACCCUGUGACCCUGGGUGGUGGCACUGCUCUCCAACUGUCUUCCAAUACUGUAGCUGUAUCCCAAGGACUCUCUGCCAGGACCACGUGCAGCACUGCUCUGACUGGUCUGAUGAGUACUCCUGUCCUGGACCCUGAGAAGGCCUUCUGGACCAGUGUCAGAGGCUAGCUGGAAUGGCACUGAUGACUCUUCACAGGAACAUCAGGUCCUGGACCUGAGUCUUCAGAAUCAUCUAGCAGGAUAUACACACUGCAUCUCAAUAGGAAUCGCCUCUUCUGCUUUCCAGUUGCUCAGUCACUGCUUGAAUGCCCCCAAUGACAGGCAGCUCACUAUCAUGUUGUCAGUUCCUAACAGAGAAGAAUUUGCCUUCAUGAUUUUAGGCCCGUCUCUGGGACCACACAGAGGAAAUAUGCUCCUCUGCUCCAUGCCAGUCUUGCCAAUCCCAAUCUUGUCCCCUCUUAGAAGAAAUGUUUGAGACUUAAGUGCCAAGCCGAGGAAUUUAGCCCUGAUGGGGGCACUUAAGUAAAGUAUAUACCACUUACUGCCCAUUUGGUAUCUAAGGCAGAUUUUGCUGGGUUUGGAGGUCACUUUAGCAUUUUUCCCAACCCAGUUACCCUAGCUUGCCCUGUGGAAUUUGCACACCAUAGAGUGUAUUUGUCAUCCUUUCAGUGGGAAGCAGCCCAGGGGCUGGAGAACGGAAGAUCAGGAGAAGGGGCAGCUAGAUGAGUCCCUUAUCAUUCUCUGUCCAUCCCACCCUCUGCCCUGGGACAGGGAACAGUCAACCUUCUGCUCUGGCACCAUUGGCUGGGUUUCUUUCCAACUGCAGCCCAAGUAGGGGCUGUGGACAUCCUUAGUUCAGAUGGGGGAGGCAUGGAACUGACCUUGGGGUCCAGGAGGGUUUCCCAAGGGUGGAGUGGAGGAAAAGGACAUUCCUGAGUUGGUCCGUGUCAACUGAGACAUGAUCCGGGUACGGCUCAGUCAGGGAAUGUCCAACCAGCCAGAGUGACCCAAGCAUAGGAUGGGGAGGAGAGCAGGAGAGGGGAGUGGGGAAUGGAGCAUGGUGGGCACAGUGUGUCCCACUUCACCCCAAGGCCAGUGAGGUGUCACUGGGGUGACGAAGCAGGGAAACUGGACUGCUUUUAGAGGACUUAAGAUCUCUCACUUGUUGAAGGGCCUGUUACUGGUGGGAGCCAGAACCAGAUACGUGGACUCCAAACCCCAGGUGCUUGCCUUGACGGCCACUAUUCUGUGCUGUCUCUGGAGGCCUGGGAAAGCUUGCCAACAGAGGUGAUGACUGAGCAGGGCCUUGACCUUGAAGAGGACUGAGCCAGGAGGGAAGCAGGAAACAGAGCGCAGGGGGAUUCAGGGCAGGAAUGGGAUGCUGGGACUGGGCAGGGGCAGGCAGUCAAGCUCAGGGAGGGCACCAGGAACUGAAGGAGCAAGAAGUGUUCCCUGUACCCAGAGUGCAUGGGCUGCAGAGGGGGACCUUGUCUGAGGGGGCGGCAGGGUACUGGCAGGUUUUCAGCAGGAAGAACACAUUCAUUUCUUCCUUCUGAAGAGUGGUUGUGACGAAGGCUCAGGAAAGGUGACCGAACACCAGGCUAGUACAUUGUCUGCCGAGAGGGCAAAGUGAGAUCCAGAAUGCAAAUGCCGUGGGGAAACAGAAGAAGGGUUGCCAAGCACUGUGCUGGGGGCUCUUGUGAUAUUAGCUGCAGUUUGUAGUGAGCGCUUAGUCCAGGCUUGGCACGGCUGCAAACCUUAUCGCUGGAGUAUCAUUUCCUCCAAUCCUCAGUGACCUGGUUUAUUACUCACACCUUCCAGAGGCACAGAGAGAUGAAGUUGCUUGCUUACCACCACACAGCUCUGAGGAUAGAGCCAGGAGCUAAACUCCAAUAGGCCCAAAUUCAGAGUCCGUCACAGCCCUCCUGAUGUCUCACUCUUAGCUAGGUCUUCCUAGUGAGGAAAGGGGAGCCAGGGAGCCACAGUCUGUAAACAGGAAGCGGCUGAGGUUGGCAGAACCUGCGUUUAUUUCUUUGUUUAUUGGUUCUUCCUUUCAGGAGGGAACAGGUGCCAUAGCAAUCUCCCAAACAGCACUGCUUAAGCAGGCCCCCAGAGGCAGCGACCAAGGGCAGCCUGGCAGCCUCCCCAGCCCAUGUCGGCAGAGCAGCCUGGAGCAAGAACCCAGCAGCCCGCGUCAAUAUUUGUCCUCUCCCAGUUUCCCUGGCCCCAGCAACAAGAUCAGGACUUUAAGUACAACAGGUUCUUUGCUGUGCAAACACGCGGGGAUAGAUUAAUGGAAUUUAAAGUGGCUCAGGCUUGGCCCCAGGGUUUGGAUUGGAAAUCUGGUCUGGUUUAACUGUCUGCUGUCACUGUUUGCCGGGGGCUCUCCUUUCAUCCUUAGGCUCACAGAACCACAGACAUUAGAGCUGGCAGGCACCUCAGAGGCCAGACAGGCUUUUGACAAAAGAGAAAACUGCUUCCCAGAGGGGAAAGGGACCAAUCCAAAGCUGCACUGCUUAGUGGCUAUUGCAGGGAAUUUUGAGGGCCACUCACAAUUCCAAGACCAGGUAGAAGCAAUUUCUCUGAGUCCUAAAAAGGCACACACACACACACACACACACACACACACACACAUUCACACAGUAGUCCCAGUUUGUCUGUGGGGAUACCUUCCAAAACCCUUAGUGGAUGGGCAGAUAGCAUCAAACCUAUAUAUACUAUGCUGUUUUCUAUACAUACAUAGAAAAGUUCGAUUUCUAAAUUAGGCACAAUAGGAGACCAACAACAACUACUAAUAAAAUAGCAAUAUACUGUAAUAUAAUUUCCAGCAACACUUCUCUUGUGCUUUGGGGCACUAUUAAGCAAAAUAAGGGUUACUUGAAUACUAGCACUGCAAUACCUCAACAGUCAAGGGCUAUUAAUUUCUAACAGGAGGGUAGUGUACACAGUGUGGAUAUGCUAGGGUGCCUUUUUUCUCUGAUUACUUUUCAGAUUUUCUUUAUCAUUGCUUUUGAACAAAUAGAUUAUGAUCUGUGCCUU